UAACCACUCAUUCCCCAAGUUAAUAUUUUUUUGAGUGAAACCUUUCAGUAUAGACUGUAACGAUAUGACUGAGGGAAAAGCCGGAGGACCGGCUAGCAACCUGCGCCAAGAGCAACUGCAUGAGCUGACCAUCAAACUCACCAAGCAUAUUGUGAUGCUUGAGGAUCGCAAGACUGAUAUCAUGAUAAGGCUAAUGGACCUCACACUGGACGAGGCCAAAGACAGCAAACUCCAGCAGGCUGAGCAAGGGCUUGCCGAGGUUGAGAAACAACUUGGUAACACCAGAACCCAGCUGGACAGAGUCAAGUUCUGUGAACAAACUGCAAAUACUGCACUACCUGCUCACACACCACUCAUAGAAGCGAUAACCCCAACUGAGGCAAGUGGGCUAAUGACUGAUGGUAAUGGUAUCAAGGAAUGGCACCCAUAUAUACACCACUACAACGAGCAAAACAAGGACCAGCUUACAGCACUACACCACUUACCCAGGUACACCAAUGAUGAUGAGGAAGGCGACGACAUUGAGACUUUCUUAGACAAGUUUCAGCAUGAACUCAGUACCUAUGGCCUACCCCUCGAUAACUAUUGGACACAUCUGUUGCCUGUCUGCUUUGUGAUAGAAGAUGACAAGUGGUUGAGGAGCCAUGUUUCACCAAGCCUUGGCUGGAGGCAGGCACACACCAGCAUUGUUCACCAUUUUGCUGGGGAGAAAAUCCAUUACCAGUUCACCAUGGAGCUAUUUCAGUACAAGACCCACCCCAAUGAGUCACCAUCAGCAUUUGUCUCCCAGUACUGGCAACAUUGUUCUCAGAGCCAGUGCAAAGGACAAUGA